CUUUUACGAUUUGGGUACGAACAAUAAAGACUAUUCCUACUUCUCGAAUUGAAUACAUUUUAACGAAACCAACUGAAUAAAUUGACCAAAAAGAACUUAUUCUCAUCAGUGUAUGGCGUACUGUCCUUCGAGCCCAACCCGCAUGACGUCAGAGCUGGCGCUUGGUUCGGAGCGCGGUGACGUCACGCGGGUCCUCUUCCUGCAGCCCAAGUUGCAGCUACUCCACACCAAUACACCUGAUGCCAUCAACUAUUACUUCUGGAUGGAGCUAUCCUCAGAACCCCACACAUCUCACUGCUCCGUGAUGGUCUGGCGUCGAGUACACGAGCGUACCGUCCGUCGAGUGGCCUUCUCACGAGGAGGAGAGAUCCUUGUAACAUGCUCCCAUGACAACAGCGCCAGUCUUCGCAUCAGGCGUGUUGGGGGGAAUAUGGAUGAUUACGUCUUUAAAGUGCUCAGGGUAUGGAUUUUUAUUAUUUUUUGUAAGGAUUUCUUAUGGACGCCCACUUAG